CCCUGUGGCGGCGAGACAAAGGCUUCGCUCUCAUUAGUGCUUACCUGAGAGUCACCUGAGCUGCAAUACCGCCGCCCUGACAAAGGUGCUCCGACUAUCAUGGCCUGCGAUGCCUGGAUUUCCAUCAAAAUCCUCCUCUUUGUGAUGAGCGUGGUGUGCAUGUUGGUGAAGAAGGUGACGGACUACGACGCGAGCAGGUUGUUCUUCCUGCUGGAGAAGUUGUCGUACGAGUGGCCGCUGCUGACCAACGUGACCUGGGACGAACACGGCGCUGCCUUCGUCGACAUCACCUUUGGCGGCUUCAUCGUCAUCACCGCCGGCCUCGUCGUCGCUGCCGCCGCAGGAGAGCUCAAACGCAAAAACUCUAUGGAAACGUUCUUCUUGUUUGUGGGGGCGCUGAUGUUCGGGGCGGCGGGGGCGCUGGUGCUCGCGUCCAUCGACCAGAUCCCCCACCAGCUGAUCGGCAACGCGGCCGGCCUCGGGGUCAUCGCCCUCAUCACCGCCCUGCUCUUCCUCGUCGACCUGCUGCUGGCGUCGCGCCGCCGCAAGAGGGCGCGCCCCCUGCCCAAGGCCUCCACCGCCUCGCAGACCUACCCCCAGCAUCCCCCCGCUCCGCUCUUCGCCGCCCACGCCCCACAGAAACCACUCUACAGGGUGACGUCCAUGGACGGGCCGAUGGAGCAGCAGACGCGGCCCAAGUGGCUCGAGAGCGGCCAAGACGAGUGGGGGCCGCCUCCGGGGGCGACCAACGGCGGCCGCGGGGGCUUCGUGAUGCGCACGGCCCAGGGGUGGCCCAAAAACGGCCCGGUCGGGGGCGGUGGGUAUGGCGGAGGCGGCCGAGGACUGGACACGGCGGACGCGGGGGACUCGGAGGUCGAGUUUGAACCGACGGCGCACCUCGAGGUCACCACCGAGGGCCCCAAGGCGCAGGUCAUCAACACGCACGUGCUGCACAAGUGGCUGCGACGCCAGCGCCACCAGCAGGACCACCCCGCCGUCUGACCUCGCCCCCCACCCCUCUUGCAGGUGCCAUACACUUCGCUCCCCUCCUUCCCCCCUCCGACGCUUAGGGCAACUCCGGCCAGUUGGCGCCCUCCCCUUCGUCCAGCUGAAAUCAGAACGCAUUUUAAUUUUAGCAAAACGAAGAAAAAGAUUUAUUUUGUAAUUUUCAUUUACAUUCUGAUCCAGAAGGAUUGAAUUUUUUACUUCAAAAUGUUGUAUAAUAAUAAUUAUCUCAGUUAAAAUGAGUUACUUCUAAAACCCACCCUUGU